GCCGGGAGCGAUUCCCCACCCCGGUCCACCCCACGGCUAUGCGUCACUUCCGGCGGGACGGCGACUUCGGGAGUAGCGUUAGCUGGUUGUCUUCCACCGGCUGGGACUUGCGGAAAGCGACUCGGGUACAAGUGUGGUGCUGCGGUGUCCUGGGUGAGAAGCAACAAUGUCAAAGGACUCUGGUCCAUUAGUGCCUUUACAUUGGAUUGGCUUUAGCUAUGCUGCAUUGGUUGCUUCUGGUGGGAUCAUUGGCUAUGCCAAAGCAGGUAGUGUCCCAUCCCUGGCUGCUGGACUUCUCUUUGGUGGUUUAGCAGGCCUGGGUGCUUAUCAGUUGUCUCAGGACCCCAGGAACAUCUGGCUAUGUCUAGUUGCAUCUGGAACCUUAGCUGGCAUCAUGGGAAUGAGAUUCUACAACUCUGGGAAAUUCAUGCCUGCUGGUCUGAUUGCAGGUGCAAGCUUGCUGAUGGUUGCCAAACUUGGGAUUAGUGUGUUGAACGGACCCCGUCAGUCGUAGUCAUGUCCCAGCAUGGACUCAUGAAGACUUUUUAAAAGUUUGACUGUUUUUCUUACAUAAAGAGAAUUAAGUAUUUUUUUUUCACAUAUUCUGAAAUAUUAUAAGAAGAAAAAAGAUUUUAAAAAAAGACACUGAUUUUUUAAGGGAAAGAAAUUAUCUUUAGCGGCUCUGAAGAGGUGGGUAGUGGACUGAGUUGUCCUUCAGUCUUCUCUGCAGCUCACCUCUUCCAUGCUCAUGUUGUUUUUAAUGCAUCAUCAAAGCACCAGGUGUGAAAUAGUAGGUAUCAACAUUGGGGGAUAGCCUGGCCCCAUCUCCUAAUCGGGAACCUUCUGAAAAAUAGCAUCUUGUGAGAUUUUCUUUUUUUUACUGAUCAUAGAGCUCUGACUGACUUUGAAAUUAUGUUAAAUGAAAUAUCAAUGGAAAUAAAAUUAACUAUUCACGA